GUGAGAUACAAUCCAUUCAAACCAUUUAUUUUCUUUUUUUUCUCCUCGAGAUCCGUCCAACAUCUACCUAUCAAAGCAAAUACAAAGACGCUAUUUAUCGUAAAGUAUAAGAGAGAAGAAGAAAAAAGAGCAAAAGAGGAACAACACCAAGCAUGGCGGACAAAGACCCCAUCGUAACCCACAUCUUCACCGCAGACCCCUCUGCCCACGUCUUCAACAACAAACUCUACAUCUACCCCUCGCACGACCGCGAGUCCAACAUCCCCAACAACGACAAUGGCGACCAAUACGACAUGAACGACUACCACGUCCUCAGCAUGGACUCUGUCGGCGGGCCCGUCACCGACCACGGCGUCGCCCUCCGCCAGGAAGACAUUCCCUGGGUCAGCAAGCAACUGUGGGCGCCCGACGCGGCCACCAAGAACGGAAAGUACUAUCUCUUCUUCCCGGCCCGCGACAAGGAGGGCGUUUUCCGCGUGGGCGUCGCCGAGGGCGACACGCCCGAGGGCCCCUUUAAGCCCGAGCCCGAGCCGAUCAAGGGAAGCUUCAGCAUCGAUCCCGCCGUCUUUGUCGACGACGACGGCGCCGCCUACCUGUACUUUGGCGGCAUCUGGGGCGGCCAGCUGCAGUGCUGGCAGACGGGCAAGUUUGAGCGCAGCGCCUACGAGACCAUGGAGGCCCAGUCUGGUCCUGCUCUCUGCGCCAAAGUAGGCAAGCUGACGGACGACAUGAAGAGUUUCGCCACCGACGUGACGGAUGUUGUCAUUCUGGAUGAGCAGGGCAACCAGCUUCAAGCCCAGGAUCACGACAGGCGCUUCUUCGAGGCCGCCUGGUUGCACAAGUACAACGGAAAGUACUACUUUUCCUACUCGACUGGAGAUACCCAUUACCUUUGCUAUGCCAUUGGAGAUUCCCCACUCGGCCCCUUUACCUACGGCGGAAGGAUCCUCGAGCCCGUAAUCGGCUGGACGACGCACCAUAGUAUUGCAGAGUUCAAGGGCAAGUGGUACUUGUUCUACCACGACUCGAGUCUGAGCAAAGGCGUCAAUCACCUGCGGUGCGUCAAGAUUCGCGAGAUUGUCUAUGACGAGGCGGGCAAGAUUAAGUUGGCCGAGAGCCAGCCAAAGGUUGAGAGUUAGCUAGAAAUUAUCUUGAACUCUUUUUUUUUUGGUUCCAAUUGAAAAAUUUUCUUUGUAGUUACUUUACAUGGAAUUUCUAUUCCAUAUUACCGGGAUAUAUAUGUAUAUAUAUAUAUAUAUAUAUCCAUCCAUCCCUAAAACGCCUUGGAAUGCUUUCCGCCAUCAAAAAAAUAAUAAUAAUAAAAACUUCCCAAUC